AUGCCGUCAAAGGGCUAUCAUAAACUAUACCAAACCUCACGAUCCUCUGAUAUUGCAGAACAAGGCACCAGACAAGUAAAGUUCCAAGACGAUCCUAGCAAUGAGCCAGAGAAGCAAAUCCCCAACGGUGGCCAUGACGAAGAGGCUUUAUUGGAGAGUGAGGAAACCGUAUAUCAACCAACCGACCUGUUGCAACGAUUUAAACCUCCUCAAUGGAUUCAACAAAAAAGCCUCCUUGUCUUCGCGAGCAUUAUCAUUGGGGUUGCAAUAAUAUGUAUCGCUACGGCCUCUGUAAUUGAUUGGAACUCGUCGACUUCAAACCGUGACCACAGUCAUCAUCCCAAUCAAGAUACUUCCUCGAUUUUUGGAUCGACUUCAGGUUUUGCUUCGUCUCCAUCGGGUCUCGCUCUGGACUGCGGAACUUCCAAUGACGAAGCUCUAGAAAGAGGUUGUGUCUUCGAUCUCAUGGUCUACGGAUGGACACCCCCGGCAUGCUCUGAGCCUGAUCUUGCUUCCGACGCGGUCUCUCAAUCUUCCCGGCUAGCUCAGUAUGCUGCUGCUGGCGAAUUUCCUUGGUAUGGAGAAGAAAAUUAUACGAACCCGCUCCCACAAGAUCCCAACAUCCUCUCAGAGCAAGCCGUUAUCUGGGCGACCAACGGAUGGCACCAAGCCCACUGUCUAUAUUUCUGGCAACUUCUGGCACGAGCAGUGGAAAAUAGCGUGAAGAAUGGGAUUAAAAAUACAUAUGUGCUGUCGGAGACUCUGGUGUGGUCUCAUACAUACCAUUGCAAUAGGGUUCUUGCAGCGAAAGUUGUUUCAACGAUUGACGAGCCAGUUAUCAAGACUCUGAGGAUUUAUGGGCAAUGUGUAAGGAUUGAUACUAUACCGGAUCCGUAUUUGGAGCAUGGCGAUUUCGUCCCUGUUCUAGACGCCGCAGAUUAG